AUGCACCAUUAUAUUGUAAUUUUUAUAGGAAUAUUUUUUGUUAAUUUUACGCAUAGUAGCUACACAACAAAACAUUUUAGCAAACUAUACCAUCCUGGUUAUAGUACAGUUGGAAAUCUAAACGUUCCACUGGAAUAUGACUGUGCACUUCGUGCUUUCAUCAUUGAAAUGGCUAGGUAUAUUGCUCCCCCGUCUUCGCAAACUUAUUGGACAGAACUGAGUCAAAGUGCUUUUCAAAUGAAUCAAUGCAACAAUGUUUCCAUUGCUAAGAACACAUGGAAGAAUCGGACGAAAUCGUUCAAGAUAGCACCAGAAAUACAACGAACAACUUGUUAUCAUAGAAUAUUUGUACAUGACUUUCAAGGCAAUGAUAUGUAUGAUGGAACAUUUGAACGGCCGAAGAAAACUAUUCAAGCAGCCUUAUCGUUUACACGUACUUUGCGUGCUACACUUGGCAGUGACAAGAUAUUAUGUAUUACCAUACGAGGCGGGACUUACUAUUUGGGCACAAAUGCUACAACAACAAGCAGUCAAAUAGGUGCCAUUGCAUUAACAGCCAAUGACAGUAAUCUUGUGAUUGAAAACUAUCAAGAUGAGCGUGUCAUAUUGAGUGGUGGAACAUUACUACAAUUGCAAUGGUCUACUCAUGCUAAAACAGCUGCUGGAGGUACUAUCAUGAAAGCUCAUAUACCACCAUUCGUCAAUUUGAACCAAUUCAAUGAGUUAUACAUUGAUGAUCGAAGAGCCAUUGUUGCUAAGUAUCCGAAUGGUGAUCCUUCUACUCAAGGAUUAUAUGCAAAAGAUCCUGGCUUUUCUUAUGGUGCAAAAAGCUGGGUUUCGCCUAUUGUCAAUCCUAGCGUGAACAUUCAUGUAGAUAAACCUUAUCGAAAUGGUACAGUGUUUACUAAUUACCAGCUUGGCAUAGGUGGCGGGGCUUCUGUGUUCAAUCCACCUAGAAACUUCUGGAGUACUGCAUCACCUACUGCCGGUAGAAACUACGUAGUUCCUCGAGGAUUCACAGUGAAAAAUGGUGCAUUGCCUCAUAUUAGUAACUGGAGUAAGCCGACAACUGGUUUUGUGCAUGCUUUUCAUCCUGGUUACUGGGGUAGUUGGGUAUUUGAAAUAGCAUCAGUCAAUAGUACAAAAAAUACGAUCAUGUUCGGUCGAGGAGGUUUUCAAGAGGCACGUGGUUCACAUAGUGGAGGCGCAUUUUACGUGUCAAACAUCUUUGAAGAGCUUGAUGCUCCAAAUGAAUGGUUUCUAGACAAAGAUACUCGAACACUCUAUUUUAUGCCAAACGAAACAAUGCCUCAGGUUUUUGUCGCUAGUCAAAUCCCAUGCUUGAUUUCUAUAAGCGGCAGUGAUGAUAAAAAUUCUGCGAGUAAUAUCUUGAUUCAAGGUUUGAUAUUUUCACAAACAAGUAAUACAUAUAUGCAAGAUUAUAUGGUACCAAGCGGUGGUGAUUGGGCUCUUCAUCGAGGUGGCACUAUGUAUUUGACAAACACAAAAAAUAUAACUAUUACACGCAACUUAUUUACACAAUUGGGUAGCAAUGGUAUAGCUUUGAUUGAUUACAAUGAUGCUACAUCAAUCGCUUUGAAUGAGUUUGUAUGGUUAGCCGAUUCGGCAAUCAUUCUUGUUGGCAGUACGAAUGGAAUCGAUGGUUUUAGCGUUAUAAGUCAGCCUGCCAAUACUCUAAUACAAUCAAAUCUGAUUCAUGAAACUGGUAUCUAUAUCAAACAAUCAUCGCCAGUACUCAUUUCUGUGAGUCGAAGUAUUUCGGUUAUUGGCAAUCUCAUGUUCAAUAUGCCACGAGCAGCUAUCAAUGUCAAUGAUGGCUUCUAUGGCAAUCAUACUCUCAGUUGGAAUGUCAUAUUUAAUACUGUGCGAGAAACUAGUGAUCAUGGGCCCAUCAAUUCGUGGGAUCGGCAACCAUUUUUGACAGAUGCUGUACAGACAGGUUUACCUUCACUUUGGCAACAUAAGAGUCAUAUUCAUCAUAAUACUAUAUUCAAUAAUUAUCGUUGUGUAUGGCCAAUCGAUCAUGAUGACGGUAGCUGUUUCUAUGAGGAUAGCUAUAAUUUUCUAGUGUAUGGAGGUAAAAAAAAUUAUUUAGGUCAUUCAAAAACAGAUCAUCAUGAGAUUUAUGUGUUUCCCGAUGCAAACCAAAGCGAUUUUAUAAAUAGUACGUGUCUUCGCGAUACUGCAGCUCAGCGCGGCUCUAGUGGUUGGAAUGAAGUUUGGAUCAAUAAUACGUGUGUACUUUUUAAGAGUUCAGUACCGUAUCAUAUUCAAGGUUGUGAUACAUCUGAUCUAUUUGUACCUCUUUUGAUGUCGAAUCAAAUUUAUGUUCCAUCCGGAACACAAGUCGCAUUUGUAUGCAAAGUGAAUGGUACUACUAAAAAACUCACCCUCAAACAAUGGAACUCGUACGGCUUAGAUCUUGGCACUACCAUCAAUACAACACCCGAUGUUCAAGACAUCAUUGAAUGGGGCCGUGAAAUGCUACAACGAGCAGAGUAA